UUUCGCGUAUAAAAGCGACCGUUUCUGGUCAGUAAAUCAUAGUUUGAUUGAUUACCCCAAACCAACAAAACUAAGCACUCACCAUGAAGUACCUGAUUGUCUGUGUUACCCUGGCUCUCUUCGCCUACACCAACGCCGGCCCAGUGUACGGCAACCGUGGAGGAUACGGUGGUGGCUACGGUGGUGGCUAUGGUGGAAUCCAACGCGUCGUCUACGAGGAGGUUCCUGCUUACGGACCUAGCCGCGGCUAUGACAACUAUCCCCGAAGCCUACGAUCGGAGGGCAAUGGUGGAAGUGCCGCUGCUGCCGCCGCUGCUUCCGCUGCCGCCGUGAAGCCCGGAAGCUACCGCCAGUUCGCCAUUCCCUCCUACGAGAUCGAUGGUGGACGCGGCUACGAGAUCGGCCGUGGCUACGGUGGACCUGGUGGAUACUAAUUCCUGCUUCUUCGGCAGCGAAUCGAACUAUCGACUCCUUGUUUGUAUCCUCGAGUGGCUGUCAAAGCGAAACUCUGAGAAUCAGCGAAUAAAAACAGCAUGAACGCAAUGGAAAAUAUCGAACAAAAA